AUGGAAGCGGUGAGUUGGUUGGAGUAUGGCAGAAUCCUGCAAUUUUUCUAUCACUGUUUUGUUGAGUUGGGUAAGGCUAACAUCAGCAACGCUCUCAUACAACAACAUAAUUACACGUCCCACUUCCUCUCACAAUAUACAUCCAAAGCUUUUACCCUAGACAAGACGUGGGGUCCGAUUGAAGAGAUAUCGAUGUCACCUUUCUCGUUAAACGAACUGGAACUCGCCAAAUUUUCGGCCCUUUUUAACAAUAGGGUAACCCGACCGACAUGCAGAACUAAAAUGCCGCCUGCAAUAUAUUUCGGCGCUUACUACGAACAUUCCUCUCGGAAUAGCACCCGAAGGAGUUAUGUACGACCAUUUGACCCGCAGGCGAGGGCUCAUGAAGAGUUAUUGAGACCAUGCUGUAACUUUAGAAGUCAGACGCGCAUGAUGCACGUCGAGACUUGUUGGUGGUUCAUGAACGAAAUGAGGCUGAGAACAUGGGUACGGAAGGCUCAUGAACAGUAUCUGUCAUCUCACUUAACUGAUUUGAUACUACGCUAUGCACAAAUGGUCUGGUUCUCAUCUAAGCUCGAGCGCUCUCUACUGCACUAUGGCCAUGUGCGAAUCCUCUUCAGUUUCCUUUUCCUCGUCAUGUCCAAGCGACUGACCAUGAAUGCCACAAUGAAAAACAAAGAGCCCAAGGGCGAACUAAACUAUUAUCGGAAGUCUUGUGCCGCUUGCGAGUUGGGCUUGAACGGUAUUCUAGAGGCACCUUUGCUUUGGAAGACAACUUCCCGCCCCCCAAGAACCCCCUUACUGCGGUUCUUACUCACUUCGCUUGGCCUAGGAGCCAAUUUGAUCAUGAGUUAUUGGCAAUAUCGGAAGAGUACACUGAUCUUGGGCCUUGACGAAGUUGCCUUCACGGACUACCCGAUGUUGGGGCAAUAUUAUUCUACGAGACAUCGUCCUUCUUCUCAUCCCCACUUCCAUCCAGCAAUCCACAAUCCCAUCGAUUAA